AUGGAUGAUAGAGAGAUUUCCCAAAUUAUUGAGAUGGGUUCUCACCUCUUCGCCGCUGUAGAGCGGCAAGAUCAGGAGGCUGUCAGGUACUUGCUCACUGUCGAGAACGCACCUACAUGGUAUCAAGAACCAGAAUCCGGAUGGACGGCUCUUCAUCUCGCUGCAUCGCUAGAGAACUCGGAAUUGAUUUCCAUUUUACUUGAUAAUUCUGCCUUGUGGAAUGCAGUGGAUGCUUGCGGAUAUAACGCUGGAGAUGUCGCAUUGUCCCUUAACAAUGAAAAGUUCCCGAAUGCACCAAGCGAUAUACAGGCAGAUCCGAGAUGCAGGCAUUCGGACAGAAUUCCUCCUGCGACGCUUGGAUCGAAAAGCAGAGGGCCUUCAGAGUCACAAUUAAUCCUCAAAUCUUCCGAGGAUAGUUCUGCAGGAUCCCCCUCCAAGUUCUUGGCAUCGAGGCUUCGGUUCACAAAAGAUAAUAACGGGCAGGAAAUUUGCCUUGCAUCGCUCAACGGUUCGGAGGAGGUUGGCGUUAUGAUGGGCUGGGAGUCUGUGCUGGAAACAGUCAAAGAACUUUACCGAGGUCUUGAAACUGAUGGUAGCAUCCACGUAUUGAAUAUUGGUUUCGGAUUGGGUAUUAUUGACACUAUUUUUCAAACUUAUAAUUCCUCGCCGCCAACCAAACAUUUCAUUAUUGAGCCCCAUCCUGAUGUACUCGCGCACAUGCGGGAAAAUGGGUGGUACGAGAAGCCUGGUGUGAAGAUACUUGAAGGGAAGUGGCAGGACUUCACCGAAAGUGAGGAAUUGUACGCUGUCGGUGGCUUCGAUAUUAUCUAUACCGACACCUUCUCGGAAGACUACAGUGACCUGUUGGAGUUUUUCGAACACGCCACAGGUCUCUUACGGGAUCAAAAUUCGCGCUUCUCUUUCUUUAACGGCCUGGGGGCGACAAACGCUACGUUUUAUGACGUUUAUACAAAUCUGGCAGAGAUGCAUCUUUCUGAAAUUGGGUUAUUAACACGGUGGACAGACGUUGAUCUGACUGACUCCAAUGAAAACGGAGAAACAGACGUUUGGGGAAAAACACGCGUAUACUUUAAUUUGCCUAUCUAUCGGAUGCCGAUUUGCCAGAUGAUGCAGUAA